CAUCGCACCAUCUCUGGGACCCAGUUGCCCAAUUUUGCCGCAAACUCGUCUCCGUUCCACGCUCCCCAAUUGCGCCCUCGCCCGCCUUUCCCUGAGCUCCAAGGGAUUACGCAAGAUCCACCGAAGAAGAUGGGGCGGAGGAAUCCCAUCUCGCAGCCCAUUGUGUCACUCCUUUUUGGGCAGAUUUUUUCGUGAAGCCGAGUGGCCGACUCCGUUAAGUCCAGGUUGUGGCCACAUGCGAGAGCUUGAGUGUGGCGUUCCCUCAGUGCUCGCAAAAUGUAGCUCGUUUUCUCGUGGCGCUUUGCCUCGUAGCUGGUCUGUGUUUGAGGAUUGUGGCCUUGGGAAUCUUGUCCCCUGUCUUUGAGAAAGGAAUCCGUCCUCUGCAGUCGGUUGAUUGUGCUGUUAAGGAUAGAAUGCGUUCGCCUCGUUGAUCGAUUCUGUGUCAAUUGGGUUAUCACGAAUUAGGCAAUUUCGUCGCGGCUUGUUGUGAAUUGCUCACGUCUGCUGACGCAGCAACAGUGGAGGCUUAUCUGGGCCCAGGGUCUUUGGUUGGAGUUGGCAAAGCUCACAGAGAACUGAUUUGGACCGCGUAGAAUUGUUUGGAAAUGCAUGCGGUGGCGCUGACGAGUGGGAUAGUGGGCGGGGCGUCCUACUGCCCUGGGGAGAUCAAUACCACUCCAUGCAGGAUUGAGAGCAAAAUGCUUGACGUCAGUUUUAGGGUUUGCGCGGCUCGGAGAGCAAAUAACUUGGGAUGGAAAUUUGGUGGGGAGGCAAAACAUGUGCUGAUGCCCCACCGGAUAUCGAAUUCUAGGCUUCGCAGGUGCGAUUUGUAUCACAAGAAAGAUCUGUCGACUAGAUUAGAGAGGAGAAUUUGUUUUAGUCCGAGGGCUCAAGUGCCUGGUGACUUGAGCCUAAUCUCUGAGACCGUUCGUGACGUGCUUGACGUGCAAGAGGUGUCAGUUUUACAGACGGACUUCAAUGAAACUGCUGAGGUUGAAGACGGUGUGGUAGCUCUAGGGCACGGCUGGAAGGUCAGAGAAGCGAGCAAAUUUGAUACAGAAGAGCUCAGGGCGGUGGCUCACGUCCAAGCUACCUCGUUUCAUCUUCAGGCGGCCGUGUUUGAUGAGCUCUUCUUCAAGCUAUUCAAGGCAGAAGUGCUUAGUGCUCUACUCUACAAAGCUCGCCAUUCACCUCCGGACAGGUAUGCUUGCUUACUAGCGGAACCAGCGACCGAACUGGGUGGAGGAGAGUGCGGUGAUACAUUUUUUCCAAUCGUUGUAGGGGCGGUUAAUUUAGCUGCUGCGGUCGAUAAUGAAGUGUUACGCCAUCUUCAUAGUGCUACCGAGUACUUGUACGUGAGUGGCAUGGCUGUGGAUAUUAACUACAGGAGACGGAAUGUGGCGACUAUGCUUCUGAGAGCCUGCGAAUUGCUAGCCAUGAAAUGGGGAUUCGACUACCUCGUCUUGCACGCCUAUGAAGACGACAUGGCUGCUCGUACCUUGUAUUCUAGGGGAGGCUACAGGGUAAUUGCCCUUGAUCCUAUGUGGAUGAGCACCUGGAUUGGGAGAAAACGACGUGUACUGAUGGCUAAGAGGACUAGCAGAACGCCCAACUUCGACUUCUGACGCCGAAAAAGCGCAUUCCACCUUUCUUUUAUGCCUUUUGUUAGAUGCACAGGGAUUUAAGAGUUAAAUUGAUGUUUUUCACAUCUACCAUAUCUUGAUGAUUAUUGUAACGUAUUACUGCCCUUGGUGGAGUUUCAGCUUCGCUCCCUGUACAUUGUAACCUAUAAGUUUUCAUUUUUUUAAUUUAUUUAUUUCUCCUUUGUUGACAGCACGCAA